AGUUCUGGCGAGCUCGGCCAACAAUCAGGGUUUUUUCGAGAGGAGCAGUGCGAGAGGGUUUUAGGAUCGAUCGGCAGCGUCGCGGCAAUCCAGGUGAGCUGCCAGGUUUUCUCUUGGCGUAGAUUAGGUCUUGGAGGAUCCGGGGGCGCCGCGGCAGCUCGGCGGCGAAAUUGCCAGAGUGUGGGGGAUUCGCGAUGGAUUCCAGGCGCGAUUCGCAGCAGUGAGAGGGGCGGCAGCUGUGUAUGGAUCAGAGCUGGGAGCGGCAGAGCUUCCUGAGGCAGGAAGACAACGUAGAGCUGUGGGAUAGGGAGAGCAACACCAGUGAUGAGGAGUCGUCCAUUGGCGAGUACGAAGGCACAGAUUUGACGAUGAUGCCCGUGAACGAGGUGGACUUGGAGGAGCUGUGCUGCGAGUUUCCCAGGGACGAGUUGGGGACCGUGCUCGAUGGGCUCAACAAGUUCCCAUGGACUGUCUAUCCCAUCCAUCUCAGGAAUUGCCUCUCGGCGGCUGCAAAGAUCGUGAGUGGUGGCCGGGAAGAAUUCGGUGGGGACUUUCGCAAGCUCCAGACUCUGUACCGGGAGGCUGUGCCGAGCGCGUUUGAGAAGUGCCUGGACGACAAGGCGAUAUGGAAGUGGACCAACGAGAUCCACAACAACAUCUUCGAUGCCGUGUGUAAGCUCAUGGACUUGGUAUCCGUCAAGGCUCCGCAGCUGCUGCUCGACGACGUUGGUGUGGACGAUGACAUGCUGCCGCUGCUCAGGACGCUCGCCAUUGCCUUUGACAAGCAAUGCCAAUUCCAUCUCAAGCACAAAGAACAGGGUCUGCCACCCUCGGCCUCGUCGGUUUCUCCUCCCUGCAACUUUGCGAGGCCGAUGCCCGGGACGCCGUCGAGGAAGGCCAGCAGCAACAACGACUGGCAUUGUGCGAACCGCAAAGGCGCCGCUGUCAGGGACGAGAGCUGCGACUGCAACAGGUGUCGUCCUCCGGAUGUCUACUGCUGGCUGGCCUAUCUCUUGAACUACUUUGGCCACACGGCUUACGGGAAUGGCUACCAGCAUCUCCUGCGGGUGCUCAACUAUCCGCAGAAGCUUUUGCCGGCGGUGAUGGAAGCUCUGUUGCUUCCCAUUGCGAGGUCGACGGAGUUUAUCACGGACGAAGUCGCCAGCCACCUUGGCGACCCUUGCAGCAGGAUUUUGAGAUACGUAGAGGACCUGCUGGAGAGAGACGUGGAUGCUCUUAGCGACAAGACGAAAGACGGGUCUUUUGGAGCGUUGUCGCUGAUACUGAAGCACUUGCAAGUCAUACUCGGUCGGAGCUCGUCGGCGGAAAAGGCUGAGAGCAUGACGAGCAUUGUGCAACGGAAGAUGGUGGAGCGCAUGCUGGGAUUCAACUCGUUCAAUAAGCAGCUGAGCGCGGUUCGGGAGAUCAACAAGCUCCUAGAGAACGCUCGAGCGAUAGCUCCAAGGGAUAAGUCGCGGUCCGUUAAUGCAACAAUUCAGUGGCUCGAGCGAAACAAUAUUUUGCGGCAUGUCCUUAGGUCCCAUCUCCACCACAAACAAUACGUAGACCAGGUAGAAAAGAUUAUGAGGUUUUUGCUCCAAGAGCGUCGCCUUUCAGAAGAGCAUAUUGAUGCUAUCUGGGCAGCCACUGAAAAGCCGGACCAAUUUGAAACGGUCAAAGCAAAUAUCUUUGAUCUUCUCGCCGAUCUUGCUUGGUCAUUUUCAGCCGAGCAGCUGGAUAGUCUAUUUGGUCGCUUCGAGCGCAGCCAGGGGCGCUCGCCGUCAGAUAUCGUGAAGAUCCUCUCUUUAGUUAAAAAACUCGCCCGGAGUGACACAAAGGGAGUUAUGGCCCAAAGGCUGCUGGAGCUACUCUGGAAUAUGAUGCACUCUGGAGAAGCACCUGCGGAAGUUCUUGACUCAGGAGCUCUCACCGAAAUUCUCGGCCACUAUGACUCGGUGAACUGUGCUAGUAAAGAUGAAUACAUUUCGAAAUGCCUGAAAAAUGUAGAGCAUGGAAUCUCGGUGAUUCCGUCUUUACGUCUACUUCGUGAAAUCAUACUUUUAGAUAACGAGAAGCCAUUUUACCAGGAUGAGGUUUCUCGUCAAAUGCGCCUUCAAAAGCUCAUAAAAGACGAUUGUUUUUUACUCAUGGUUGUGAAGAGUUUGGAACAGUACAUGGCCCACGCUCGAUUGAUGUGCUCUGAGAAGUUAGUGGUGGCAAAGCCGUCAGAGAAGACUGCAGCACCCUAUUCCAUUGCAGAUUGUCGGUACACCCAUGAUCAACACGUGAAGGAGCGCUUGGAAUUCAUAUUGUUCUCAAUACAGGCAGGCGAUGUUAGUUUGCCUUGGGAUGCUAUGGAGAGGCUGUGGAACUGCAUGAUUGAGUCGUCUGUGUUCGAUGCUGACAAGGAGAGGGGGUUCCAAUGGCUGUGCGAUGCUCUUGAAAAAACCCCGUGCUUGUCCUUCGACGCAAUGCUCAACAUUCUCACAAAGAAACUUACCUGCAUGGACCCUUGUUCUCUUUCGGAAAUUGCCUGGAGGUGCUUUAUGAGGCUGUUUCUGUGGGUGAAUCUUUUCGAGAAGAAACUUGUGCGAAUAAGAAUCGAUGAAGGGACUGAGACGCACGACUUGCAGCUGAUUGGAAUGUCCUACAUGUGGCAAGCUGCUCUUUCGUCACCUGUCAAUAGCAUUGCGGAACAGAGCAUAAGUAUGUUGCGGGACAUCCAUACUCACCUCUCAGACAGCCUGCGGCAAAAUUUGGUUCAAAUACGCCAGUGCUUUAUCAACGAGUGCCUGCGUAACUUGACUGCGGCCCUUGAGAAUGGACACAGGAAUACGGAGGCAACAGAUAGUAACAGCAUCAGUAUGGUUGAUGGGAACGUAGAUGUCCCGGACGUGGAAAAUUUUACCGAGUCGAUAGAAAGUGAGGCAGACAAGCCGUGCACUGUGAAUUUUGAAAAGGAUCCGUACAAAGUCGAGCGCUGCCUACGGAUACUAAGAGAGUUUAUUAUAAAAUGUGAAGGAUCCUGCCCUCGUAAAGUUCCUGCGCAUGGUGCUUCAUUUCAAGGACGACCGCUUACUUUGGGGGUUAGCACGGCAAAUAAGCAGUCGACACGUUUUGACAUUCUCGUUCAUGCAAACGAGUACCUUGGUUCGUUCCGAGCAAAGGUGGCUGAGAGGCUUGAAUGUCCCGUUUCUCGUGUGCGUUUGAUGCACGCAAACAAAGAACUUAAGCAAGAUUCACAGGUGUUGCGGCAGCUGGGCUUAACCGAUGGUCAGCCCCUGACUGCGUCGGUUAAUAUCGUGGACCUUGUUGAAGAGGAGAUGGAUGAGCUGCAGCUACCGGGACUUCUGAUAUCAAAGAGUCCUCAGGUCUACGAUAUCCUUUUCAGACUUGCCGAGGCGGGUCACGGUGGUGUUCGGGAGGAAGCAAACUAUCUCCUUUCAUUGCUGCCAACACAUCCUGGAAUCCUCAGUGAAUUUCAGAAUUUACACAAGAAGCCAGUGGCCAAAGCAAAAGAGUUUCUUACUUUGCAAUUUGGAGCCCACUGUCGACUCCUGUAUACACUUCAGAUAGUGGACGGCUUGCUUAUGCCCGUCAAUCGAAAUGUCGAAAAUCAGCGUUUUAGAAAUGACUUUAUUCGAUUUGGAGGCUUUCGGCAUUUAAUGACGGUUUUCGAACCUGGUGCGAUGAUGGGGGUUGAUAGUCAGACACGGCGUGGCUGUUACACUAGCGCCCUACGUAUUUUAAAGCUUUUGUUGUCAGAAACACAAACUACUUCUCUUUCCGACAACACUCGAAUCAUCGGAGGAGAUACAGUCGAAGAAUCUGAAAGUGGGAGCACCAUCUCUGUUAACGACGACGUCAACGUUGAAAAACUGGAAGUGAUCGACAUGUCAGUAGUCGCAGGUGCUCUAAAGCGACUUACUUGGGGGACUGCACUAGGCCAAAUAUCUAUGCUAGCCAAUUCUGCGCCUUUGGCUAGCCAAUUCUGCGCCUUUGGCGGAGAUUUUGAAGGGUCGAAGAAGUUUGAAAACAGUGGGGACUUCUUGAACCAGGACGAUCGAUACCUCUGCCUUGAAGCGCUGGAACUUCUUAUACCAGGCAGCGUCCAGCUUUCUGAGAUUGAGGUGAAAGAUGUUUUUUGUUCAGAAUGUUGUAACAGCUAUGAUUUCUUCAGCAAAGAAUCGGGAAAACAUCCUAUCGUUCGUCGGCAUCUUAUGGCCGCCCUCAUUGACACGAAGGCGGAAGCUAACACCGAGCCGAAGCGCUGUUUACCAUUUUUGGAGCUCUUGGGGCAGCUCUUUUAUCGCAUCAGUGGGCCUGAAGAGCAUGCAAUGGGGGAGCAGCAGCUUCUGGAAGAGCUUUCUUGGCUUAGAUGUGCACCCGAGGCCACUGAUGACGAUGACAGGGGGACCGGCCUAGUGCAAGAGGUACUAAAUUUCUGCUUGUCGGACCAGGAGAACGCUAACAGUGAUAAUGUGCAGCUGGUUGAGAGUUUCUUAUUUCUAGAAUCGGCAAUGCUAUGGAAAAUCGACGAUGACAGCUGCGACAGGCUCGAUGACAGAGUCCUGCAGUCGAGGUGCGGGACUCGUCGUAGUCGCGAAAAGGCUUUUCAGCUGCUGACUUGCCUGGCCACCCACUGCAUUGACAACUUGAAGGAAAUAGUGGAUCUGCUGGUGAAACUUCAUUUCUCAUCCGAUAUUCACGAAUGGGAGCACUUGCCUUCGUAUGGUCGAAAAGCUCUCAGUGGCUACGUCGGGCUGAAGAACGCCGGAGCCACCUGCUAUAUGAACUCGGUCUUCCAGCAGUUAUACAUGCAACCGGAUGUUCGGCGGACAGUUUUAGAAUGUAAGGAGUGCGACGACAUGGAGAAGGCAGACUCAGUUUUUUUUCAGCUGCAAACCAUGUUUGGGGCUCUUCUUGGCAGUAGUUUGGACCAUUAUACUCCUCAGGGAUUUUGGGAUGCGUACCGGGACUACGAUGGGAUGCCGAUCAAUCUUCGGGAACACCAAGAUGCUUUUGAGUUUUUCAACCGCUUAUACGAUGCUGUUGAUGAUACAUUAAAAGCGACACACCAAGAGACAACGCUGACGAAAAUCUUCGGCGGCAUUUUUGUCCAGCAGGUGAUUAGUCGCGGGUGUAACCAUUGCAGCGAAAGAGACGAACCGUUUGCAGCGAUCAGCGUGGAUGUGAAGAACAAAAGAGAUUUGCUCGAAUCUCUGGAUUCUUUUGUGCGAGGGGACUUGCUCGAGGCUGACAACGCAUAUUACUGUGAUGAAUGUGGCCGGAAGGUUGACGCACUCAAGCGGGUAUGCGUGAAGUCUCUUCCGCAGACUCUUGUGAUUCACCUGAAGCGUUUCGACUUCGACUACGAGACCAUGCAACGGUUGAAGCUCAAGGACAGAUUCGAGUUUCCGAUGCAUCUCGACAUGAAAGCUUUUACGGUGGAAGGAUUGGCCCUCCGUGACAGCAUGAGUCAAGAAAGCUCGAGCCCAGCCACUACAAGCAAUGGUGGUACUGAUGGAAGUAUCUGCAACGAGAAUGGGGGCCUGAACUCCAAACCGGACUCUUACUAUCAGUAUGACUUGGUGGGUGUAGUUGUACAUUCGGGGACCGCAUUUGCUGGACAUUAUUAUUCGUAUAUUAAAGAGAGGCAAGGGGAUAUUGAGAGGUGGAUUGCCUUUGACGAUAAACGAGUGGAACCGUAUGACGUAAACGAUCUCGAGAAGGAUUGUUUCGGUGGAAAAUACAGCGUGGACGUGUAUGAUAAUUUUUUAAAAACCAUGUCGCCACAGGUGAAGGCGAUCAAAUUUGUACACGAGAAUCAUCUCUUGGAUAAGGAUUAUUUUAAGUUUCUUUACAGUUUGGUGGAGGCUAACUCGGAUGUAAUUGAGGGAAGGACUCCUCGGUAUGUUGGUGGACCUGACGACAGCCGAGACAGGAAGGGUGAGACAAGUGGACGUAAAGCCGAUUUAGCGGCCAAGGACUUGAAUGCUAGCGAUUUUGCAGAGCAUAGUAACGAUCUGGAAGCUCCUGGAUCACAAUAUAAUCGCCUGUCGAUGUUUUCUCAACACGCUGGUGGAGAGACCGCAAUGGGUGCAGGAUUUCCUCCUUCGGCUUUUGCUGCUCUUCUCGUCCAUGCUCUAAAGACGGCCGUAAAUAUUUAUCAAGGGAACGUGUUUUAUGUGGACAAUUGUGGUAGACAGCAAGACGCUUUGCAUGUCGACGCCAUGGUUGACACGCUGUAUUUCCAAGUUCUUUUGGACUACGUAAAACUGGGUCCCUAUCCACGCCUACAUUUGCUUCGGAAAGCUGUUGUGGGUCAUUUGAUUGUCUGA